ACCGUCCAUACUACAGCUGAUCGGCCUCGACCCCCCGGUGCGGUCCAUCGGACUGUCCGCGGCCGUUUUUAAUUUUGAAAUAAUAGAGUUUACAAUUUAUAGAUACCCACGACAGCCUUUAUUAUCGACGCAUACAUCAUUGCUUUAUUUAAUUGCCAAGGAUAACUUUUGGGGGCAUUUUUGUUAAUACUUGGACGAGGAAUCCCCUUCAAAACAAUCAGGCCGUGAACCCAUCCUCGGUCUCUCAUAAGAAGUCUGAUUUUCUGACAGCUAACUAACGUUAUGGGAGACACAGGCAGUGAAAGGAGCAAGCCACCCACCAUACCACCACGAUGUCCUUGUGGAUUCUGGGGAUCCAGCAAAACGAUGAACCUCUGCUCGAAAUGCUUCGCAGACAUCCAGAAGAAGCAGCCAGACGAAGACUGCCCUCCAGAGCCCGAAUCCAGCCCUAGCAAUAACCAGUCAGCAGUCUUCUGUAGCGAGACGAACAGCAGCAGUAGCCAAUCCCUGUUGUUGACACCAGUCAGCUCUGAGGCGCCCUCACAAGAAGACUCAGGAGCCACACCCCUCCCUGCACAGGAAGAAGCCUCAAGCACAGACGCAGGCCACACCACUCUGUCCACUCCCACGAAACGACCUUGUGACUCUGCCUCAGGCUCUCAGAGCGACGAGUCCCCAGAGAAGCGGGCGCGUGUGGCCUCGCCCUCCCCCUCCCCCUCGCCUUCGCCCGCCACCCUGGACGAGACCACAGCAGCCCCACGAGGGCCCAAGCAGAAGAACCGCAGACGUUGCCACCGCUGCCAAACCAAGCUGGAGCUGGUGCAGCAGGAGCUGGGCUCCUGUCGCUGUGGGUACGUGUUCUGCAUGCUCCACCGGCUCCCCGAGCAGCACGACUGCUUGUUUGACCACCUGGGCCGGGGCCGCGAGGAGGCUGUGCUCAAGAUGGUCAAGCUGGACCGCAAGGUGGGCCGCUCGUGCCAGCGUAUCGGCGAGGAGUGCUCCUGAGGCGGCUGCAGGGCCAGGGGGGGGGGCGGUCGGACGGACGGACGGACGGGCGGACGGACGGACGGAUGGAUGGAUGGAUGCUGGAAAACAGGAGGGAGGGAUGGAAGAGAGAGAGGGAGGGAGGGAGGAGAGUGGGAGGAAUGAGGAAGAUCGUAAUGAUCCACACUAUGAAUGCAUUCAAACCCACCCCACAACAGGGCCCAGCCACCAUACACAAACUAUCUCUCUGUCUCUCUUUCUCACACAUAUACACAUACACACACACACACACACACACACACACACACACACACACCAUGUGCUGCAGAACUCUUCCCUCCACGACGAGAAACGCAUCCUGCCUCCUGUCUCUGUCAGUGCACCUCUUGACUCCACCCUGUCUGAGACCUUAACCUCUGACCUUUUGACCUGUGUCCUGUCAUCUGCAUGCCCUCGCCCCCCCUACCACCCCACUAGCCCCUCUUGCCCCCCUGCUCUCGGCCUUAACUGUCCACUGCCCAGUAACACAGUUGCCUCUUGCCCUCCUCCAGCUCUGCUCCUGCUGAACCUAGAGGACUGGGUGGGUCAGGGAUCCUGCUGUGGCCACAGCUAGGGCGGUGCUCAUGCGUCAUGCCCCCUCCCUGUCUGUCUCUCAACCUAAAGCUCUCGUGUGUGUGUGUGUGUGUGUGUGUCUGUGUCUGUGUCUCACCCACUCCUCUCUGAUCAGUGUUUACACGGGAAAACAGGGGUCAGCAGUCCUAAUUGGACACACACACACACACACACACACACACACACACAUACAUACAUACAUACAGACAUACAAGGAAAAACCCUCUGCACUAGUCUGACCAUAAUACACACACACACACACACAUAUGCAUACUGCUGUUACCUCCUGUGUGCUUGGUCACUCGAGCUGCUUUGACACCUCCUAACCUCUCUCCUUUCCCUCUUGUUUGACCCUCUAUGCAACCCGCCAACAAGUGUGUGUGUGUGUGUGUGUGUGUGUAUGGUUGUUUAAUUCAGUGGUUUGUGUUCUCUCAAAGGACCCCCCCUCCCCCUCCUCCUCCUUAUCCGAUCACCGCUCUCUACUGACGGGUGGAGUUCUUCCCUUGCUCUGUCUCUCUCGCUGAGGCCUGGGUUUGGGGUGUUGGCUAGAUUCAGGUGGAGACCCCCCACCCCCACCCCCACCCCACUCAAGCCUCUGAGCGGACGGAGUCUCUCAGGCAUCAGCGCCAACCCCCACCCCCCGCUCCAUCCACACAAUAUGCAGACAAGCAGCUCCACAGCUGUGCCUGUGUCAAGACCUGCGCAUGGUUCUCCUCUCUGUCUGUUUGUCUGUGUGUCUGUCUGUCAUACACACAUUUACAUUCUCACUCACUUUCACACACACGUGCAUUUUUUUUUUUUUUUUUUUGUCAAACACAUCUGAGACCGUGUGGGGAGCUGAAGGACUGAAGCAGAAUCAGACAGCACCCAGUAGAUUUUUUUUUUUCCUUCAUUUGGAACAGGACCUCAGCUAGAGGAUCAUGGAAGCUGAGGUCUCCAUGCUUUGCCAUGUGCUUUUCAGAACUGAAUGAAUCUGCUCAGACUACAUCUCCCAUCAGCCACCAUGGCGGAGUCUCUGCCCUCCACGUGCCAGCCUUCCUCUUAAGAGCUGCCCUAUAACCUCUGGGAUUUGUAUUUCUUACUGUAUAUUUGGGUUGCCAUUUCCGUUGUCUUGCCCUCUCCACGUUGCUGCUUGCCACUCGGUUGUUUUUCUCUGAUGCUUUGUCUGGAACUCUCAUGCCUACCCUUUCUCUGUUGUCUACGUUGUCACUCCCCUUUACACACCCACAUACACAUACAGACACACUUACACUCUCGCACACACACACACACACACACACACACACACACACACACACACACCCACACAUAUACUUACACUCUCAUGCGCACACACACUCUCCCUCUCCUGCCUUCUGUUUUUCCAGACAGUGUCUCAGGCCCCCCCCCCUCUUUCUCUCUCUCUCUUUCUCUUUCUCUGUGUGUGCUGAAAACUCUCUGCCUCUAUUGAUUUCUUUGACUCUCUCCCUCUUUGCUACCCCCUCUGCUGCUCUCCCCUCGGCCAAGCGCAAGGGGACACAGAAGGGCAG